AUAGCAGCUUGACAAAGGACCACGAUGCCAGUCGACGACAGUGGAACCGGAAAAUAAUAAGUAACAAGAAGACGGACAAGAAAAGAAGUUUAUAACAGACGGCUACAAAAACAUAAUUCGUUUUAUGGUGGCUUUGUCUUGUGAAGUGCCACACUAAGGUCUUCGGGAAUGAUUUGUAUUAAUGCCCCGUAAGGCCGUAAAGACAGAGAAGCCUCCCCUGCUGUUCCUGCAGCGGGCUUCGUGUGGAGCCAAACUCCAAAAUGUUCCUGAAGUCAGAGCAGCUCUCAACCCCAAAGAGUUCUUCACUGAGAAAGAAGAGCACAGCGGAUCAGCUCUUCAUUCGUGGGUAAGCCCACAGUUUGACAUUUCACUUGCAGCUUCACCUCCAGUGAGACGAGGCAGGAGAAGAUGCCAAACCGCCACAAGCAUCCUUGACAGUUGCAGUCAGCUGUCGAGGAAAACCAGCGUGUGCAAAUUCCCCUCGUUGACGUUUCAGACAAGGUCAAGAGAGCAAUCUCACCAAGCAAAGUGUACACACCAAAAGAAAGCCACAGAGUGCGCUGUUGUUUCUGACAAGGGAAACCAACCACGGGGAUCUUGCCAAAUUAAAAGGACCGUUUCAAGUGCGCGGUACUCUGACACGCCAAAGAGACAGACGACUUCAGUCAGAAAAAGAAAUGCGGAGAGAGUUUCGGAUGGUGCUGCAUCCUCCAGCCGACGUUUCGACCAACCUGAAACUCCCCGUGUUCAAGCGACAGAGAUAUGCAGAAUCCCAGGAGAUGGUGCUUCAACACCUGCCUCUAAUGAGUUUAGCACCACAGAGGUAACCAUCAAUCCACCACCUGAUGUGGACACUCCAAAAGUGAUACAAGAAGGGGGUAGUGGUAGUCCCUCCUCUGUACACUUGCUACUGCCUCAGUCAUGUACACCGCCAUGUAAUCAGCCACCUGACAUUUUGGUGGCCGACACACCAGAGAGGGAUUAUGGGUUGAAGGUGACAUGGAGGAGGAGGAGGGGUUUGAUGUUGUUGUUAAAAGAGAGGGGCCAUCUCUCUGAUUCAGAUGUUUUAAUUCACAGCUGAUGUAAAGAGCUGGUAAGAAGAGAUGCAAAGAAAAAUGGCAGUAUUGGAGAUGUAUUGAUUAUUUGUUGAACCUCUUCUGGGAUCCGAACUCUUUCUAUGAGUUAUUUUUAUUGCACUGAAUGGAGCUGCUGCAUACUGAAGUGACUGUGACAUUUCAGUUCACUGGCUAUUUACACAAUAUGAAAUAACAUGUUAUAAACAAAUCAAAAUUACAACGAUUACUGCAAUAUCCCAGUGGAAAUCUGUUUCUGUGAGGGAGAUUUUUGGUUAGACAGACCCCAGUUAUACAGUACAGUAACAGAUUAUGUUGCACAUCAACACAGGCAGUCCAUAUAUACAAUGACAAUACAGUGACCUAUAACAAAAUACACACAUUGUUAUUUUUGUGCUCCAGCUUUUUAAUGGCAGAUAUAUGAGAAAGGUUGCAUCCAUAUAGACUGUAAUUGAUAUCAUAUGGCCAACAUUUAGCAAAACGCUGCAUAAUUUUGUCCAUGAAUUGAAACCUUGUGAAAUAAAAUCAAGGGUGCUUGCAAGCAGACAGUUGGCAACGCUAUGUACCUUAACAUCCCCUUUUGUCUUUCAUAUGUGUUGUAUAAAGUACAGAGAAAUAAAUGUAUAACUCCAAAGAGCAUUACUGAA